UGGCUGAUAGUCGCGUCGAAGCUGCUGACAUUUAGCAACGAGUCGCCUGGGUUCCGCAGGUGUACAGCAGGGCGUCUUACUGCGCCUCCUCCGAGAAGAAAGCUUCGGCUCAUACAGACUUCGUUUCUAUUCUUUAUUUGUGUGUGUGUGUCCUUUCGUCAUUUCUCUCUGCCGACGUGGACCGUGAGGUUUGAUUUGAUGGUGCUGAGUUGGCGAAUCUGACAAGAGCCAGGGGGUCGCGCGGCCGGACAGCAUCUGCAUUGUGGCGGCAGCGAGCGGGCGGACCUUAGGGACAAACACACGCACGCACGCACACACACACAUAAACACGCACUCAAGCUCUCCUCUCUUUCGUCUGCAUCCUUCACCAUCGACUGUGAAUGGGCCUCGAGCCGACCGCAUUUGCAGUCGCUUUUUAGAAGAGUCCUUUCUGGAAGAAGAUGGCGGACCGGGCCGAGAUGUUCUCGCUCUCCACCUUCCACUCUCUCUCGCCUCCGGGUUGCAGGCCAGCCCAUGACAUUAGUCUGGAGGAGUUUGAUGAUGAAGAUCUGUCUGAGAUCACAGAUGACUGCGGCAUUGGACUCAACUACGACUCUGACCCCUACGAGAAGGACUGCUUGAUCUUGGAGAAGAAUGACUUCCACCACCCCGUGUGCUCCUUCCAAGACGACUUCCAGGAGUUUGAGAUGAUCGAUGACGAGGAUGAGGAUGACAACGAUGAGGAAGACGAGGCAGACCCUGAUGCUCCUCCCUCCCCCUCUGAGUCUCCGCCCCCCUCCCCCUCACUCAAGAGCCGGCCCACCACACUCAACCUCACGUCUACAGUCUCACAGGACUCGUUGAAUAAUAACAGUGGUGUUUCUCCGCGUAAGCCCAGCUGGCAAGACUCCCUUCGGAACCCCACGUCUCAGAGCCGUCUCUCUCCCACCCACUCGUGUCUGGAGGACAGCACCCAUGUGACGGGCUCUUGCACGGUCGGCCCCAUCAUCACGGCCCCAGCCAAAGGUACUCCCCCCAACCAGGCGCAGUCCCCUGGACGCCCCCUCCUGUACGACUUUGAGGGGAACAGGAGAGAGAGGCCCGAAUACGGUUCCUUCGGUCAGCAUAAGUCCUGUGGUGACUCUCACGACAUGAGGACGAACUCGGACGCUCCCACAGCUGACGAAUCGCAGUGCUCGGACACGGAGGUGGACCACGCCCUCAACAGCCACUGCCGACCGUGCCGCUCGCGCACCAACGACACCUACACCAUCACCACGGAGACGGCCGACGACCCCGACCCGGACAACGACAUGACGCUGGACGGCACCAGCAAGUGCCUGUCGUCCACGGCGCCGCUAGGCAACAGCGACGAGGGCCCCGACGAGGCGCAGACGCCGCUGUCCGACGCCGAGCUGGACCGCGUCUUCGACGGCGACUACGACUACGGCGGGCCGGUCAGCGGCGGCUACGUGGAGUUCCCGUGCAUCGAGCGCAGCGAGGCCGCCUCCUUCUCCAGCUACGUCUCGUCCAGCCGCUCCGAGGCCGUCCCCGAGGCCGACCGCCACCGCAGUCCGGACUUGCGAGCGCCCGUCGCCGUCGACGACGACUCUGCCUCGCCCUCGUCCGACCCGGGCAUCGCCGACAUGAACGCCAAGCGCUGCUACGGCGAGUCGGACCGGGAGCGCAACAGCGACGAGCUCAGCUCGCCCGGCUCGGACUCGGACGUGGAGGGCGAGCUGGAGGCGGCCUUCGCCUGCGGAGGCCCUGUGGUCAGCCACAUGAUCUCCUCCAUCUCCGAGACCGAGCUGGACUUCAGCAGCGACUCCAGCAGCGGACGCUCUUCGCACCUCACCAACUCCAUCGAGGAGGCCAGCUCGCCGACCUCCGACCCCGAGCUGGACCCUGAGCUGGACCCCGAGCAGGACAGCGGCAUCGUGGGCCUCAAGACCUCCCUGCUCCUGGGCCAGCCCGAGCCCAUCAAGCGCGGCGAGAUCGAGGACGACGACACCUUAGACGACGGCCAGACGCUCACCGGCCUGCAGAGCGUGGACGACGACGACGUGGACGGCGAGGAAGACGAGGAGGAGGACGGCUACGAGCACCAGGCCGACCCGGACGAGACACUUCCUCCCGCCCCUCCGUGCGAGGACCGCGGCCGGGAGCAGCUCCUGCUCCGGAUCGAGCCGGACCACGGGCUGGAGAGCUUCAAGCGCUCCUUCUACCUGCCCGUGGGUCCGCGCCUGAUGCCCUGCGCCGACGACUACGAGCCGACCAGCGAGGGCGAGUCCGAGUCCGAGUCGGAGGACGAGCUGAGCGAGAACUCGGACUCGCCCUGGCUGCUCAGCAACCUGGUCAACAAGAUGAUCUCCGAGGGCUCGUACCCCAUCAGCUGCCCCGAGGAGUGCCUGAAGCGCUCGGCGUCCAUCUCCGACACCAUCUCCCCCUCCACGCCCGCCGAGCUGGACACCGACGCCUUUGGUGUGCCCGAGCUGGACCUGGCUUCGCCGGUGCCGGUCACGGUCGCGGGUCGAGGGUCCGAGUCGGAGGAGGAGGACCCGGGCGGCCGGGUGAUCACGGAGGGCCGCGGCGUGGGGGUGUGUCUGUACAUGAGUGACUCCACGUGCGACAGCAUCGCGCCGGUCAUCCUGGAGCGCUACGACCGUGUGACCCCGCCGUCGUCCGGCCUCGUCCUCAGCCCCGACCCCCCUAGCAGCCUCAGCACCUCCACGCUCAGCACCUCCGUGGCCAAGAACCAGGAGAAGAACAGCGCCCCCCGGGGGAGGAGACGGGAGGAGCGCCACAACGAGGAGGAGAACGAGGAGGAGGAGGAGGAGGAGGAGCCGGACAACGACCGCCGGAUGGAGCGCUCGCUGGCCAAGGAUCUGGACUCGCCCGGCCUCAGCGAGAGUGUGUCCAGCGACAAGGACGACGGCCGCGAGACCCAGCCGCUCCCAGGCUCCGCCUCCCUGCAGCGGCUGGCCGAGGUCAAGAGCAGCAUGACCCUCGACCUCCCCACGGCCGCCACCAACCGCCUCUUCAGCCUCAGCUACUCCACGGAGGAGGACGAGGAGGAGGACGAGGAGGAGCGCGGGCUGGACCAGGAGGACCCGUCCCCGUUCCUGGAGCCGCUGCCGCGCGUCCCCUCGCCCUACGAGCUCUCCGAGCCGUACCUGGCCGAGCCGUACCUGGACAGCUCGCCCCCCAUCGACGAGAGCGUGCGGCCGCUCGCCGUGCCCCUGCGCCGGCCGCCCCUGCUGGACGAGGCCCUGGCCGACUCGCUGGCCUACGACAGCAUGAAGUACACGCUGGUGGUGGACGAGAACACCACCCUGGAGCUGGUCAGUCUCAAGCGCUGCACCUCCCUGCUCAGCGACCGCAGCGACAGCGAGGAGGACGAGGAGGAGGAGGAGGACGAAGACGAGCGGCCGCUGGCCGGGCGCCAGGACUACGGUGGCCUGCGAGGGACGGCGCUCCUCCGCGGCUCGGGCGGCCGGCCGGAUCUGCUGCUGACCUCGUCGUCCGAGGAAGACUCGUCUCCGGAGGCGGACAUGCCCUUCUCCAAGAAGUUCCUCAACGUGUUCGUCAACAGCACGUCACGCUCCUCCAGCACAGAGUCAUUUGGCCUGUUCUCCUGCACGAUAAAUGGAGAGGAGAGGGAGCAGACACAUCGCGCUGUGUUUAGGUUCAUCCCGCGACACACAGACGAGCUGGAGCUGGACGUGGAUGACCCGCUGUUCGUGGAGGAGGAGGAGGACGACUACUGGUACCACGGCUACAACAUGCGCACUGGCUCCAGGGGCAUCUUCCCCGCAUACUACGCCCACGAGGUCGUAGGUCAGAGCAAGGAUUCGCUGGCAGUGAAAAGGAACCCUGCCUGGAUUGAAACCUUCAGCGUGCAGUUCCUGGGCUCCGUGGAGGUCCCCUAUCACCAGGGCAACGGCAUCCUGUGUGCCGCCAUGCAGAAGAUUGCCAGGUCCCGUAAGCGGACGGUGCACGUGCGUCCCCCCUCUGUGUGUGAGCUGGAGAUCAGCCUGCAGGGCAUCAAACUCAUCAUGAGCCUGGAGGACGAGUACGACCUGUCUGAAGAGUUCGACAGGUGUAGUCACUUCUUCCAGAUGAAGAACAUCUCCUUCUGCGGCUGCCACCCCAAGAACAACUGCUACUUUGGCUUCAUCACCAAACACCCCAUGCUGAAUCGCUUCGCCUGUCACGUGUUCGUUUCCCAGGAGUCAAUGCGGGGCGUAGCAGAGUGUGUGGGGCGAGCAUUCCAGGAAUACUACCAGGAACACCUGGAGUACGCCUGUCCCACCGAGGAUAUCUACCUGGAGUAGGUCACCGUAGCAACGGCCGUCCUCCUCCCACUUGCGUGUGUUUCUAGCAGCUGACCACCAGGGGGAGCCUGGUAGCUUUUUUUCUCUCGUGUAACAUAGGCCUCUGCCCUGCUCUCCCCAGCCUGGCUCCACAGCCAGACUCUCUCUUAGUGCAUCAUCUAUUUACUCCCAAUCCAGUGGUUUGUUUGUUUAUUUAUUUAUGUACUUAUUUAUUUACUUGUUUGUUUGUUUAGAACCUUUUUUGAGAUGGAUUGCCUGUUAAUUUCGUGUUCUUUUUCUAUGAUGGAGCUGAAGACCAUGGGUUUGCAAUGUCUGGUUCUCUCUCAGUGGUGGACUUUUCCCACUCCUCAGAGAAAAAAAAAAUAUGACAAACAAAAAAACAAACAAUCAAAAGAAGAAGAAAAGAAAAAAAAAUUAUGACGUGAAGCUGAGAGACUCGUGCUCCACCUUUAGAUGCAUGGCUUUGGAGGGUGAUGCUCACAGACACCCCCACAUACCUGACGUAGCUGACAGAAGCAGAGAAGGGUGUGAGUGGUCGCCACUGACUGAGCUGGAGUGUGUGUGUGUGUGUGUGUGUGUGUGUGUGAGGGAGAGAGACACCCUGUUCUGUACAUGGGUGAGCUGGAGUGUGUGUUCGUCACCCUGUUCUGUAUGGGUUUUGCCCAUUGGUGAGGCAUAUAGUGGAGUGCUAUCCACAGAUAUUCUUAUGGCAAAAACUGCAAAAAAGUGAAGGAAAGAGAGAGAGAGAAUGGGAGAGAGAGAGAGGCUAAAUUAGAGAGAGAGAGAGAAGACAGAGGGUGGGAUAGGAGAGAGAGAGAGAUAGAAUCUAUAUGAAUAUAUAUACCUGCAAAUAUGCAGCAGUUUUGCGGCUUCUCCAGUCGUAAAAAACAGGACCCACACACACCCAGUGGCACUGCGGACGUUCAGCCAGGGAAAGCAGCCUGACAUGAACCUGUCCCCGUACAUAUAGUCCAUUACAACAUGUAGAAAUUACAUCAAUCUGUUGAUUCUAGCGUAAUCGUAGACCCAGAGAGUUCUCGGGUGGAAGUGAUUGAUGGAGUCUAAUGUGUAGUUGAGCUGUAAAGGCAUGGAGAGCUCCGUAGGUCAGACGAAGGUCACAAGCAUGGAGCUCUCCCCCCCCCCCCCCCCCUGAAAGUAGUCACUCCCAAACCUUGGUUAGAAAGUGUGACAUUUAUCUGUGUGUGUGACUGGUAGUCUCUGAUGUCUGUGAUAUGAAGCAGGGUAAUGCUAGUGCAGAGACUAGCUUGAAGUGUGUGUGUGUGUGUGUGUGUGUGUGUGUGUGUGUGUGUUUGUUUGUUUGAGCGCUCUGAAGAAGUCAGUCCAGAGAACCAUGAGGGUCAGUUAACCGGAAGCAGGUGGCAGGUGUGUUUUAUUUCCUAACUUUGUACAGAGGAGAGUGUGUGUGUGUGUGUGUGUGUGUUUGUGUGUAUACUCCAGGACAGACUGAAGUAGUGUGAAUACUCUGGGAGAGACUGAAGUAGAUCUUUUGUACGGUGGCGUCUCCAGUUGUAGAAAGCUUGCAUGUGACUGACUGACUUAUGGAGGAAUGCCAAGACUGGCUUCAGUACUAUUUUCCAAUACCAAUGACCCUACCUGUGUACAGCAUCCCAUCACACAGCAAGUCUUACAGGCAAGCUACAUCAGAGGCCCCUGGCCCAAUGGCUUCUUCAUGUAGGCUGCACCACCAAGUCUGGCACGCAAAGAGACUGGUGGUUUUUCUUUAGGACGCCUGUCAGUGAUGGGUUGUGUGAUUGGUACAUGAAUCAAGCAGCAUAGGACAAUGUUAGUGUUCCUCUGAUUUUUACCAUAAAUCUCAAGUUUAAUACACACACACACACACACACACACACACACACACACACACACACACACACGCACACACACCUACAAACACACACAACACACACAACAUGCUUUAGAUGAAAGUAUCUGGCAUAAUAAGCAAGUGUAAUGUUGUGAGAGCCACUGUCGGCUCCUCUAUGGUUAAAAAAGAAACACUGCUGAUGGCAGGCUGUGUAUGUGUGUGUGUGUGUGUGUGUGUGUGUGUGUGUGUGUUUGUGUUUUAACCUGACAUCAGUGAUUUUCACUGUCAUCCAUCAUCACUGAUGGGUUUGCCACGGGGAGGGGGAUGGGUCACCGUUAAUUACUGACCUUGAAACGACCUUGCUGGGACUUUGCUAUGGCCGUGCUAUGACCAUGCCAUGCCCUUGUCGUGACCUUGCUUAGAGUCUAAGUGAGGGGGGUGAUGGUGUGAGAGGAGGAACAGAAGCAACAGCAGCCCAGUCAGCCUGACCUCAUCUGAAUGUCCACCGCCACCGGUCAUCUCCAUCACCAAUCAUGGUGUACACUGGGAGAUGGAUUUUUAAAGAGUACGUCCUUGCAGUUCUGUGACCCGUGGUAAGACAGCUCUCCUCAGGACGGUUCUGUUUGGACUCUGUCACCCGACUGGACUUGGGAGAAUGGGUCCUGAUAUCAGAGAGGAGGAGGAGGAGGAGGAGGAGGAAGAGGAGGCGCUGAGCUCUUCUCUUCUCUGGCUUUGGACCCGACCCUUCUGUUCUGUUCUGUUUGGACUUGAGUUUGCGGGCGUGUUUGAAAAGUGCUACUUUAACCCUGCGGUUCUCCAUCAGCUGUUAGACUGACUUUGGUUUUGUUACGGCAGCGCCAUUUUACUACUACUACUACUUGCCUGCACUGUAGCCAUGGAAAGAGCUGGCGUAGCCUAACUAGCCUGGCUUCUCUGUCCCUCAGAUAACCCCCAGUAAACUCGACAAUACCUAACGCUGUAACCUGUAGGAUCCACAUAACACUAGGCCUUCACUACAGACGCUUUUCUACCAGCCCAGGCCAGGCCUCGCCGAGGCCCAACCGUCCGACACACCCACGCCGUCCUGCCUCCCGCCUCCCUCCUUCCGCCCACCCGCCUGUCCGUCAUCUGUUACCAUGGUUACCUGUUCAUCUGUGACAAUGAUCUUCACUGGGUGGGGGGAGGGAGGGGGAGGGGUUAAGGACAUCAUUGUGAUUCUGCUAUUGGUUUAGAUGCUGUAAAUAAUCUAGAAUCCAGAUUGCCAUGCAGUGUGCUUUCCGUUGAGUAUGUUAUUGAAAAAUAUAAAUGUAAAUUUAAAAAUGAUAAUAAUAAUAAUAUGAAUAAUGAUAAUGACAAUAAUAACCUGAGAAACAUCCACAACCAAAAGGCAGCCAUAAUGAAGGUGAGCCCACCGUAAAUGCUCCUUGAUUUCUAAUCUCUGUCAAUGUUACUUGGUUGCUUUUCAUCGCUCUACAAUACAUGCUGUCUUAUGUCUGUCAAACUGUGAUCUAGGACAAUGAGAGACUGGACCUCUACAGGUCACAAUAACAUACCACACCCAUCGACGUUACACUACAAUACAUAGGGGUACACACACA